CUAAUAAUCACUACAAAAUUUAUUACAUCCCGUGACCAUUGAAAACAGAUCACCAAUUAAACAAAAUUAAUUAAAGCCUUGUUCCGUAAACGAAGGUUGAGGUAAGAAAGAAGAAAUGACGCUGGGAAUGAUAAACGCGAAUCCAGUAGUGCAAGCUAGGAAGGAACGUCUCGCUCGUACACAAGAUCAGUACAGAGAUGAUGACGGCCUUGAUCCUCUCGACAUCUAUGAGUAUGUAAGAGACAUAAGAGAUCCGGAACACCCUUAUUCCUUGGAGCAACUAAGUGUUCUGUCUGAAGACUCCAUCACUCUCGAUGACAAGCUUAAUCGCAUCCUGAUAACGUUUACACCGACGAUCCAGCAUUGUAGUAUGGCAACUAUAAUUGGUCUGUGUUUGAGAGCUAAGCUUAAAGAAUGCUUGCCCCUCCAUUAUAAGGUUGAUAUCAGAGUGUCUCCCGGUUCUCACGCCGAUGAAGAUUCAGUGAAUAAACAGCUGAAUGAUAAAGAAAGAGUGGUUGCUGCAUUGGAGAAUCCUAAUCUUCGCCAGCUUGUGGAUGAGUGUAUCUGCUCCACUGAGAUGUGAAUCAGAGCAUUUUACUUUUACUCUUUUGUACAAAAUUUCACAUUUGGGAUUGUAUUGUAUGCCUAAGAGACCGCUCUUUUUUUUUCUAUUUUUGUAUUGCUAAUGUCAGUAUACACAUUUUGCGAUGCUUGAAUGUUGUAUACUGCUUUGAUAAUGUUACAAUUUACAAACCUUUUCUUCA